UCAAGCCUCUGAAGCUUUAGCAAACCACUAUCAGGGCCAUUAUCCACAAAUGGUUCUCUAUUCUCCAACUGGGAACAUUGGCAAACAUUCCCAGGAGUGGUCGACCAGAAAAAAUUACCCGAAGAGUUCGACGACGACUCAUCCAGGAGGUUGCGAAAGAAACGAGAACAACACCCUAAGAACUCCAGACUUCCCUGGCCUCAGUUUAGGUCAGUGUUCACGACUCUACCUUAAGAAAGACACUGGCCGAUAAAUGACAUCCAUGGGAGAUUUUGUGUUUCAUUUAUGUAAUAAAAGUGCAACGCUACAUAAUUUUAGUCCGCAGAGUAUUUUCUGUUCCACAUGUCAAAAAAAAUGCAAAAGUGCUUGCUGGAAGCUGCUUGUGGUAACUCCCACCUGAUAGAACGAGAGGCUCCACUUUACACUCAAUUAUCUGCCCUACAAUAGCGAGUUGCCACUCCAGUGUUCCCAGUGAUAACAGCCUUUUUAUUACAAGUCAAGCAUUGUCUCAUUCAAUGUGGAAAAACGACACAAGCUUUUGACAAAACUUUUGACAUGGCCACUUCUCGAUCGGUUCGCAUACGCAACACGCACACACGCUAAAAUGAUGGAACAAAAGGUCAUGUUAUGUAAGAAAUAUUGAAAUAAUAGCUCAAGGCUAUGACUAAAAAUUUUCAUCGACGGACAUAUUGCGCCCCCCCCCUCCACGCCGCUGAAAAAAAAAAGUCCAAAUUGCAACAAUAACACAUUUUUGCAGUAUCUUGAGUUCCUGUUAGUCAUUUUUGGGGGUGCAAAAUUGGAAAUAAAAAUCAAAUGUGAUAUCCACCCGCUUGUUUGCUUAUUCAGCAAUAUAAAAACACCAAUAACUAUUCUUAUUAUUAUUAUGAUUCCAAGUAAUAGUAUUCAUGGAACCGAGUCAGUAUACUUCGUAUCCUCUUGAAACAAAAGGUGGUCUCAUGAAUGAAUUGUUGCACACAGAUGGAAUGAGGGAAAACGUUGCUAGGAGACCCCCGCCAUCAUCUAUUUCUCCCUCGAUCCUGCAGCACGUGCAUUCAGUCCCAGUGCGCGUGCGUGUGUGCCUCCUUUGCUCCUACUAUAAAGCCACCAUCAGGAUCGGCUUUGCCUCAGUGCAGCCGAGGAUGCUCUCACUUCAUCUGUCCAAUGGGUGACGUCUGAUUCCCCGCCAUCCCCCGCCCCUGCUUACCGAUCGAAUAUGAAGUUUUGAGGAGGCGAGUUACACAAAUGGACCGAGCAAGAGGAGGUGACGGAAGAAGCUGCGAUUGCCAGUGGAAUGAGUUGCGCUCUGUGCGAUUAAAAUGAGCUGUCUGCAACUUCAAUGGCAUUUCUGUCCCGUCCCUCACUCGGCAUUCCUCCUCCUGACAGCACAUUUUUGAUUCCCAUUCAUUUUUUUCUCUACUUUUCUCCUUCUUCUUAAUCCCAAGAAUGCACCCCUAUUCUUCCUCGGAGAGGAACUCCACGGAGCUGAGCUUAUGGCUGAACAGCUCCGAGGCGAACUUCUCGCGGGGGGGACGCGACUACGGCGAGGGGGAGCAGCGGCAACGGUGGGAGGUGAGCGAGGAGGAGGAUGGCGAGCAGCAUCCCUUUCUUACCGACGCCUGGCUGGUGCCCCUCUUCUUCUCCCUCAUCAUGCUGGUGGGCUUGGUGGGCAACUCUUUGGUUAUCUACGUCAUCUCCAAGCACAGGCAGAUGAGGACGGCCACUAACUUUUACAUAGCAAACCUGGCCGCCACCGACAUCAUCUUCCUGGUGUGUUGCGUUCCCUUCACGGCCACCCUCUACCCGCUGCCCGGUUGGAUUUUUGGCAACUUCAUGUGCAAAUUUGUGGCCUUUCUGCAGCAGGUGACCGUCCAAGCCACCUGCAUCACAUUGACAGCAAUGAGUGGCGAUCGCUGCUACAUCACAGUCUACCCGUUAAAAUCCCUCCGGCACCGCACGCCCAGGGUGGCCAUGAUUGUCAGCGUCUGCAUUUGGAUCGGCUCUCUCAUCCUGUCUACGCCGAUCCUCAUGUACCAGCGUAUCGAGGAGGGGUACUGGUACGGUCCCAGGCAGUACUGCAUGGAGAGGUUCCCCUCCAAGACUCACGAGAGGGCCUUCAUCCUCUACCAGUUUAUCGCUGCCUACCUACUGCCCGUCCUCACCAUUUCCUUCUGCUAUAGUAUGAUGGUAAAGAGGAUGGGCCAACCAACCGUGGAGCCAGGAGACAACAACUACCAGGUCAACCUCCUGUCUGAGAGAACCAUCAGCAUCAGAAGCAAGGUCUCCAAGAUGGUGGUCGUUAUUGUCCUGUUAUUUGCCCUGUGCUGGGGUCCCAUCCAGAUCUUUGUCCUCUUUCAGUCCUUCUAUCCUAAUUUUCGGGCAACGUAUGCUACGUAUAAGAUCAAGACGUGGGCAAACUGCAUGUCUUAUGCCAACUCCUCCAUCAACCCCAUUGUUUACGGCUUCAUGGGCGCCAGUUUCCAGAAGUCUUUCAGGAAGACCUUUCCCUUCCUGUACAGGCACAAAGUCAGGGACAGCAGCAUGGCCUCCAGGACGGCCAACGCCGAGAUCAAGUUUGUCCCGGCGGAGGAAGGCAACAACAAUCACGACGCAAAUUGAGGGAACGCAAGAAGGACAACCGGCUUCUUUCCAAAUGAGAGACAACAGCUCUGAAAGCCAAACUGAACAAUGUUAUGAAUUCAAAGGACACUGGAAUCAUUUGCGCACUUUGUUUCCCUGCCAAUCUAGACAGUGUUGGCCCAUCUGGAACUCCAGUUGGCAACUUAACGGGGAUUCACGGUUGACUUUUUGGAUAUUAAGGAGAUUUUGAAAGUUGGAUAACCGGCCCAAAUUUAAGCAUUUCCCCCUUUCCAGCCAAAGGUCAUUCUAUGCCCAAUUAUCAAAUCUUGUGUUGUGAGGAAGCGCCGAGUCAUUUUCUAUCCCUUGAUGUGCACAGAAAAUUGUAAAUGUUUCACACAUUCAAUGUUUACGCUUGUAAAACCUCAUACCUUAUGUGUGGUCGACCAAAGUUUUGCAAGUUUUCUUUUAAAAGGGGACAAUUACACGAGUACAUUUUAUGGGGGCCGUCGAAGUCUGAAUAUGUCUUUUGAGCAAGCCGUUCUGCUGUGAUGUCACAGUCUGGCUAAUUUA